UAGACAUGUUCUUCUCUCCUUCCCAUCCUCUUUGCUUGUUCUUUUCCUUCCUAGGCAUUGUCUCUAUUCCAGGAACGACCCAGCUGACAUCGAAAGACCUCCUAUACAGGCUCCAAGCUUCUAAGGCCAAGUGCAUCAUCACAAAUGAUGCCUUGGCCCCAUUAGUAGACUCUGUUGCAUCUGAAUGCCACGCACUGAAGAACCGGGUCUUGGUCUCCAAAGGCAGGAGGAGGGAAGGAUGGCUGGACUUCCAUGACCUUGUGGAAGCUGCAUCUGAUAAACAUCAGCCUGUUCAAACCAAGAGUCAAGACCCAGUGAGCAUCUUUUUUACGAGCGGCACAACAGGCUAUCCCAAAAUGGUGAAACAGUCCUGCGCUAAUCUGGGGAUUGGGAUGAGAAAUAUUGGAAGGACUUGGAUGAAUCUGAAUCCCUCAAGCGUGAUGUGGGGUGUGUCCGACACAGGCUGGGUCAAGUUUCAGUUUAGCAGUUUGUAUGCUACCUGGAUUGAAGGAGCUUGCGUGUUUGCGCAUGGCAAAGCCCAGUUCGACUCACUGGUGGUUCUAAAUUGUCUCUCCAAGUAUCCAGUGACAACUUUCUGUGGCACACCGACAAUUUUCCGCAUGCUGUUGCAGCAUGAUGUCAGGAGAUACAAGUUCAAGAGUCUGGUGUCUUGCUUGAGUGGCGGGGAACCCCUGCCCCCCGAAGUGUCGGCCCAAUGGAAAGCUCAGACGGGAAUGGAGAUCUACGAAGGCUAUGGCCAGACCGAGACUACCUUGGUGUGUGCCACCACAAGAGAUAUGAAGGUUAAACCCGGAUUCCUAGGAAAGGCCCACCCACCCUAUGAUGUGCAGAUAAUAGACAAACACAGCAACCCCUUGCCUCUAGGAGAAGAAGGAGACAUUGGCAUUCGAAUCAAGCCCAAAAGGCCUCUGGGUCUCUUCCUUGGUUAUGUGGAUGAUCCCCUGAAAACUGCUUCCACCGAACGCGGAGAUUUCUACAUUACUGGGGACAGAGGGGUCAUGGCUGAAGAUGGCUACAUCCACUUUGUUGCAAGAGCUGAUGACGUCAUCUUAUCUGCUGGGUAUCGCAUUGGGCCAUUUGAAGUGGAAAAUGCUUUGCUGGGGCACCCAGCAGUGGUGGAAGCAGCCGUGGUCAGCAGCCCAGAUCUCAUCAGAGGGGAGGUGGUGAAAGCCUUCAUCAUUCUGUCCCCUGCCUAUGAGUCGCAUGAUAAAGACAAAUUAAUUCUUGAACUCCAAGAUCAUGUCAAGGGAACAACCGCUCCAUACAAGUAUCCCAGAAAGAUAGAGUUUGUUCAAGACCUGCCCAAGACCAUUUCUGGAAAAGUCCGAAGAAAAGAAUUGAGAAAUAAAGAAUGGGAGAGCUGCCCAGAGCCGCCCGGCCGGGCCCGCUUGGUCGCCGGGAAGAAAGGCGCCUUGGAGCGGCGCUUACGAGAGGCCUCCACCGCGGCCAUGGCGAGCGAGAGGAGCCAGGCCCCUUCGCGCAGCUGGACGAGGAGAGAUUCUGUUGGGGAGGCACACCGCCUCCAUUUGCACCAGUCCAUUGUCCAGCAGCUCCAAGGAACCUUUGCCAACUCUUCCAACAUUGUGGAAGAACACAUUAUGGCAUGUAUCACCUUAACCUUAACGACAUGGUGGAAGAGAUCAUCUCUAAAGACUUUGCGCACUUUUGGCAUAGCUUCUAUCAGACGCUUCAGCAAGUAUCAACUGGCUCUGGCAGCACAGAAUUUUUUAGAUUAUGAAUCCAUCCAGCAACAGUAUAAGGCAGAGGUGCCAGAAUACUUCAACUUUGCAAAAGAUGUAGUGGACAAGUGGGCCAAGGCAGAAAUGGAAGGGAAGAGGCCUUCAAACCCAGCUCUGUGGUGGGUCAGCGAACAAGGAGACCAAGUUAAGUGGAGCUUUGUGGAGUUGUCACACAUUUCCAAGAAAGCAGCCAGAGUGCUUUCUGAGCAUUGCAGCCUGCAGAAGGAUGACAGGGUGAUCGUGAUCCUCCCGCGGAUACCUGAGUGGUGGCUCUUAAAUGUGGCUUGUAUCCGAACAGGAACCAUCCUUAUUCCUGGAACAACACAGCUAACAUCAAAAGACAUUCUGCAUCGUCUGCAGGCGUCAAAGGCCAGGUGUAUCGUGACUGACCAAGUUCUGGCCCCUGCUGUCGAUACCGUUGCUUCCAAAUGCCCAUCUCUAGAAUUCAAGCUUAUUGUGUCAAAGGAACCUCGAGAAGGAUGGUUAAACUUCAACCACUUGCUGAACCUUUCACCUGGUGAACACAACUGUGCGGUCACAAAGAGUCAUGAUCCAAUGGCAAUCUACUUCACCAGUGGCACAACAGGUGCCCCAAAAAUGACUGAACAUUCUCAUAGCAGCCAUGGAAUUGGACUUGGUAUCAAUGGAAAGUAUUGGCUUGAUUUGACUCCCUUGGACAUUAUGUGGAAUACUUCAGACACAGGCUGGGCAAAAUCUGCUUGGAGUAGUGUUUUUGCACCAUGGAUUCAAGGAGCGUGUGUGUUUAUACACAGCAUGCCUCGUUUUGAGCCAAAGCCAGUCCUGGAGACAUUGACCAAAUUUCCUAUAACAACUUUGUGUUCUCCUCCAACUGCUUAUCGAAUGUUGAUACAACACAAGUUAACCAGUUAUAAGUUCCACAGUCUUAAACACUGUCUAAGUGCAGGAGAACCCAUGAACCCCGAAGUGAUGGAAGAAUGGAAAAUGGAAACAGGGCUGGAUAUUUACGAAGGUUAUGGCCAGACAGAAACAGUGCUGGUUUGUGGAACUUUCAAAGGGAUGAAAAUUAAACCAGGGUCUAUGGGGAAACCAUCUCCAGCCUAUGAUACUCAGAUAAUUAAUGAAGAAGGUAAUAUUUUGCCUUCUGGAAAAGAAGGAGACAUUGGUAUCCGAAUAAAACCUACAAGGCCAUUUUGUCUUUUCACUCAAUACACGGAUGAUCCAGAAAGAACAGCCUCAACCGUCCAUGGAGACUUCUAUAUCACUGGGGACAGAGGAAUCAAAGAUGAAGAUGGCUACUUCUGGUUUGUAGGAAGAGCAGAUGAUGUCAUCAAUUCAGCUGGAUACCGCAUUGGGCCCUUUGAAGUGGAAAGUGCAUUGAUAGAACAUCCUUCGGUAGUAGAAUCGGCUGUUGUUAGCAGCCCAGACCCCAUCAGAGGAGAGGUUGUGAAAGCCUUUGUGGUUUUGGCACCCAACUAUGUUUCCCAUGAUCAAGAAGCACUGAUUAAGGAACUGCAGGAUCAUGUGAAAAAGGUCACUGCCCCUUACAAGUAUCCAAGGAAGGUGGAGUUUGUGCCCCAUCUGCCAAAGACAAUCAGUGGGAAAAUCAGAAGAAAUGAAUUGCGCAAGAAGGAGUGGGGGGAAAGUUAGAAUGAUCUCUGUUUACUUCCACUGUAGUUUGUUCUAAGAAUGAAAGGUUUUAUAUUGA